GAUUACAGCACAGAUCGUAUUUAUUGAUGGUUAUAGGAAUUCUGCUGCGUAUCGGUCGAUCAAAAUUGACAUUCGCCACUUAAAUAGUUGGCGGGAAGACGUUUCAUUUUGGAUUUUUUUUUUUUUUUACUAAUGGCUGUGAGUGAUGUGAUGCGUUUCGUUUUUUUUUAUUAUUAAUGUUAAUCAUAGCAUUUUUUGUGGGAGUUCUUUUUAUCUGCUACAUUCUUAGGUUAAUAAAAUUUAAAGUUAUUCAAGAACUUUGGCAACCUACGAUGGCGGAGCCGGAGCAGGAGGCCGUCCGAUGCUCUUCCAGCGACAGUGAUAACUUCGAGAAGAUUGACUCCGAAGAUGUGCAACAUACGUCCAACGAGGGAAACCCUCACUUCGUUUUGGGCGAUGAGGCGUCAGAGGCGACGACGCCCGAGGAGGAAGGUCCAGCGCACGAGGGUGGUGAUUUCUUCCCCAAUGCGCCGCCGCCUAACCUCAAGCCCAAGCUCACCUUGGCGCAGCAGCUGGCCUUGGCGGAGAAGCGUAGCAAGCUGAGGCCGUCUAUGUCCCAGGGCACGGUGAUCCACAGUCAACGUUUUCAAGAGAAAGAUUUCACUGUCGCCACUCCUGAGGAGUUUGUUCGACGCUUUCAAGGGACUAAGCCCAUUAACAAGGUUCUGAUCGCAAACAACGGUAUCGGAGCAGUAAAAUGUAUGCGAUCAAUACGAAGAUGGUCCUACGAGAUGUUCAAGAACGAACGCGCCGUGCGGUUCGUUGUUAUGGUCACACCGGAAGAUCUAAAAGCAAACGCAGAAUACAUAAAGAUGGCGGACCACUACGUGCCUGUACCGGGCGGAUCCAAUAACAACAACUAUGCCAACGUGGAGUUGAUCGUAGACAUCGCCGUGAGAACACAAGUGCAGGCGGUAUGGGCAGGAUGGGGCCACGCAUCAGAGAACCCGAAACUACCAGAACUGCUGCACAGAGCCGGCGUGGUGUUCAUAGGACCCCCGGAGAAGGCCAUGUGGGCUCUGGGAGACAAGAUAGCCUCCUCCAUAGUGGCGCAGACGGCGGACAUACCCACCCUGCCGUGGAGUGGCAGUGAAUUGAAAGCGGAGUACAACACCAAAAAGAUCAAGAUUUCAUCUGAACUUUUCGCGAGAGGUUGCGUCUCCACCGCAGAGCAAGGUCUACAUUCGGCGAAUAAGAUCGGAUUUCCCGUCAUGAUAAAAGCGUCCGAGGGAGGCGGCGGCAAGGGCAUUCGAAAAGUGGAAAGCCCCGAUGACUUCAACAAUAUGUUCCGACAGGUCCAAGCUGAAGUGCCGGGCUCGCCAAUAUUUGUGAUGAAGUUGGCUAGGUCGGCCAGGCAUUUGGAGGUACAAUUAUUGGCAGAUCAGUAUGGUAACGCGAUAUCGCUGUUCGGUCGCGACUGCUCCAUCCAGCGCCGCCACCAGAAGAUCAUCGAGGAGGCGCCCGCCGCCAUCGCCAAACCGGAUGUCUUCAUCGAAAUGGAAAAGGCUGCUGUCCGUCUUGCCAAGAUGGUGGGCUACGUGAGUGCGGGGACAGUGGAGUACCUGUACGAGCCGCUGACUGGCGCCUACUACUUCCUGGAGCUGAACCCGAGACUGCAGGUGGAGCACCCUUGCACGGAGAUGGUGGCCGAUGUCAACCUGCCCGCCGCUCAGUUGCAGAUUGCCAUGGGCCUUCCCCUAUACCACAUCAAAGACAUCAGGCUACUGUACGGCGAAUCACCCUGGGGCAUGACGAACAUAAACUUUGACGAGCCAAAGCAACGCCCUUCGCCAUGGGGACACGUCAUAGCUGCCAGAAUCACUUCCGAAAACCCAGAUGAAGGUUUUAAACCUUCGUCAGGCACAGUCCAAGAGCUGAAUUUCCGUUCGUCAAAGAACGUAUGGGGUUACUUCAGCGUGGCCGCCUCUGGCGGACUCCACGAGUUUGCAGACUCACAGUUUGGGCACUGCUUCUCUUGGGGGGAGACCAGGGAGCAGGCAAGAGAGAAUUUAGUAAUAGCUCUCAAAGAGCUGAGCAUCCGCGGUGACUUCCGCACAACAGUAGAGUACCUCAUCACAUUGCUGGAGACUCCGGCCUUUCAGGAGAACAACAUCGAUACCAGCUGGCUAGAUGCGCUUAUUGCGGAGAGGAUGCAAUCGGAGAAACCUGACAUAAUGUUGGGAGUCCUAUGCGGGUCCAUCCUCAUAGCUGACAGCAUCAUCACAGCCAACUUCCAGGAGUUUAAGAGUGCUUUGGAGAAGGGUCAGAUCCAGGGCUCGAGCCAGCUGUCCAACUGCGUGGAGGUGGAGCUGAUCCACAGCGGGCACAAGUACAAGGUCAGCGCGACCAAGUCCGGCCCCACGUCCUACUUCCUCGCCAUGAACGGCAGUUUCAAGGAGCUGGAGGUGCACAAGCUUACUGAUGGCGGAACACUUUUAUCAGUCGACGGAGGUUCAUACACGACCUAUUUAAGGGACGAAGUAGACAAGUACCGCAUUGUGAUCGGGAACCAGACUGUGGUAUUCGAGAAGGAAAAGGAUCCGUCCAAACUUCGCGCGCCCUCUGCCGGCAAGCUCAUCAAUACACUGGUGGAGGAUGGCGGACAUGUGGACAAGGGGCAGCCCUACGCGGAAAUUGAGGUGAUGAAAAUGGUGAUGACCCUGUCGGCGCCAGAGGCCGGCAACGUGACGUGGUGCCUGCGACCCGGCGCAGUGCUCGAAAUGGGCACUCUUAUGGGCAUCCUGGAGCUGGAUGACCCGUCGCUGGUGACGACGGCGCAGCCCUACAAAGGGCAGUUCUCGCUGGACGACAACCAGCAAGUCUCCGAGAAGCUCAACCACGCGCACAACAAGUACAGAUACAUAUUGGAGAACACCCUCGCUGGUUACUGUCUGCCGGAUCCAUACAAUACGCCGAGAUUACGCGAAGUGGUGGAAAAGUUCAUGCAGAGUCUUCGCGACCCCUCGCUACCGCUGCUCGAGUUGCAAGAGGUGUUAUCGUCCACAUCGGGUCGUAUUCCGAUCUCCGUGGAGAAGAAAGUGCGCAAACUGAUGGCUUUGUACGAGAGGAACAUCACCAGUGUGUUGGCACAGUUCCCCAGCCAACAGAUUGCAAGUGUCAUCGACCAUCACGCCGCAUCGUUGGCGAAGCGUUCGGACAGAGAUGUUUUCUUCAUGAGCACACAAGCGCUCGUGUUACUCGUGCAAAGAUACAGAAACGGUAUCCGCGGGAGAAUGAAGGCGGCCGUGCACGAUCUGUUGAAGCAAUAUUAUCAAGUCGAGAGCAACUUCCAGUUGGGCUCGUACGAUAAGUGCGUGAUGGCAUUACGGGAUCGCUACAAGGACGACAUGCAAGCCGUCGCCAAUAUCAUAUUCUCACACAACCAAGUCGCCAAGAAGAACUUACUGGUGACAAUGCUAAUAGAUCAUCUGUGGUCAAAUGAACCUGGCCUAACGGACGAACUGGCGGCGACACUAAACGAGUUGACGUCGCUGCAUCGCGCCGAACACAGCCGAGUGGCUCUUAGAGCAAGACAGGUGUUAAUAGCGGCUCACCAGCCAGCGUACGAGCUGCGUCACAACCAAAUGGAGUCCAUCUUCCUGUCGGCCGUCGACAUGUACGGGCACGACUUCCACCCGGAGAACUUGCAGAAGCUUAUACUGUCAGAAACGUCCAUAUUUGACAUACUGCAUGAUUUCUUCUACCACACGAAUGCUGCGGUAUGCAACGCGGCGUUAGAGGUGUACGUGCGGCGAGCGUACACGUCGUACGACAUAACGUGUCUGCAACACUUGGCUCUGUCUGGGGAGCUGGGCGUCGUGCACUUCCAGUUCAUUCUGCCCACCGGACAUCCCAACAGGAUCCCAAUAAGCCAGUCAGAAAUCGAACUAGCUUCAGCCCAGGAUCAGGAAGGCGUUCCAGCAGAACUGUCCACGGCUGCCAUGAGGAAGUGCCAUCAUAGGACCGGCGCGCUGGCAGCUUUCGACUCUUUUGAGCAGUUCAAGGAGUAUUCGGAUGAACUGCUCGACCUGGUCCACGAUUUCGCCAGCUCUGCGACUGUGAGGCGAGAGGACCUGCAAGCGCUGCAGGACGGCAGCGAGAACCGGGACAGUACGAGCAUCAACGUCGGCCAUGAUCUCAAACCGAUCUCAAUCGAGGAUGAAGUGCCUUUGGAACCUAUCCACAUCCUAAUGAUCGGCAUCCGCGACACCGGCGAGAGCGACGACAGCGCCGUGUCGCGUCGCUUCGGACAGUUCUGUCGCGUGCAUGCGCGGGAGUUGCAUCAGAAGCGCGUGCGACGCAUCACCUUCAUGUUACUUAUCAAGCGUCAAUUCCCCAAAUUCUUCACGUACCGCGCUCGCAACGACUUCACGGAGGAUACGAUCUACCGCCACCUGGAGCCCGCCUCCGCCUUCCAGCUGGAGCUGUACCGCAUGAGGAGCUACGACCUGGAAGCCUUGCCCACCAGCAACCAGAAGAUGCAUCUGUAUCUGGGCAAAGCCAAGGUCAAGAAGGGCCAGGAAGUGACGGACUAUCGCUUCUUCAUCCGCUCCAUCAUUAGGCAUCAGGACCUCAUCACCAAGGAAGCGUCCUUCGAGUACCUGCAGAAUGAAGGAGAAAGAGUGUUGCUGGAAGCGAUGGACGAGCUGGAAGUGGCGUAUUCCCACCACCUGGCAAAGAGGACGGACUGUAACCACAUCUUCCUCAACUUCGGACCUACGGUUAUUAUGGACACUGCUAAGAUUGAGGAAUCCGUACUGGGUAUGGUGAUGCGCUACGGGCCACGACUAUGGAAACUGAGAGUUUUGCAAGCGGAGAUCCGAUUCACGCUACGAAUUGGCCCUGGACAGCCCACGAAGAAUGUCCGGCUGUGUCUGUCCAACGGGUCCGGGUAUACCCUGGACGUCUACACUUACGAGGAAGUUAUUGACCCAAGGACUGGUGUGAUAAUCUUCCAAUCGUUCGGUCCGAAACAAGGCCCCAUGCACGGACUGCCCAUCUCCACCCCAUAUGUCACCAAAGACUAUCUGCAGCAGAAGAGAUUCUUGGCAACGUCGCAAGGCACGACAUACGUGUACGAUAUCCCGGACAUGUUCCGACAAGUGGUCGAGAAGCGUUGGCGGGAAUGCAUCGACGAGGGCGCUGUAGAUGGUCCCCCGCCAGACAACGUGAUGAGUUCGGUGGAGCUGGUGGUGGAAUCCGAUGGCGAGAGAAGAGCCGUGGAAGUGACCAGAUUGCCGGGGCAAAAUACUGUGGGCAUGGUGGCCUGGCGGUUAACCCUGUUCACACCGGAAUGUCCCGAGGGCCGUGACAUAGUGCUAAUAGCCAACGAUCUGACGCACUACAUGGGGUCUUUCGGACCCCAGGAGGACUGGGUGUACUACAGAGCGUCUCAGUAUGCGCGCGAAAGGAAAAUACCCAGGAUAUACAUAAGCGUGAACUCUGGCGCGCGCAUCGGCGUCGCGGAGGAAGUGAAGUCGGACUUCAAAGUGGCCUGGCUGGACGCGGAGAGGCCCGAGCGAGGCUUCAAGUACCUGUACCUGAGCCCCGAGGCCUACUCUCGGCUCGGGCCCCUCAACUCUGUCAAGGCGCAACUGAUCGAUGACGAGGGCGAGUCCAGAUACAGGAUCACCGAUAUUAUUGGCAAAGAAGAGGGUCUGGGUGUGGAAUGUCUCCGCGACGCGGGUCUCAUCGCGGGCGAGACUGCUCAGGCGUACGAAGACAUUGUCACCAUCUCUGUGGUCACCUGCAGGGCUAUCGGCAUCGGAUCCUAUGUUGUCAGGCUUGGUCAUCGCGUGAUUCAAGUGGAGUCCUCAUACAUCAUUCUAACCGGUUAUGCGGCGUUGAACAAAGUGUUGGGUCGAGCGGUGUACGCCAGCAACAACCAACUGGGCGGUAUACAGAUAAUGCACAACAAUGGAGUCACGCACGCCGUGGCGCCGACCGACCUGGAGGCCAUACGGACCACGGUCAAAUGGCUGUCUUAUGUGCCCAAGGACAAAAUGAGCAUAGUGCCAAUAAUGCGGUGCUCGGACCCGGUGGAGCGGCCCGUGGAGUGGGUGCCGCCGCGCGCCGCGCACGACCCGCGCCUCAUGCUGACGGGCGACAACACCAGGGCCGGCUUCUUUGACGUGGGCUCCUUCGACGAGAUCAUGAAGCCCUGGGCGCAGACUGUGGUCACCGGGCGCGCUCGGCUGGGCGGCAUCCCGGUGGGCGUGGUGGCGGUGGAGACGCGCACGGUGGAGUUCACGCUGCCCGCCGACCCCGCCAACUGGGACUCGGAGGCCAAGACCGUGCAGCAGGCAGGACAGGUAUGGUUCCCCGAUUCUGCGUACAAAACAUCUCAAGCCAUCAACGACUUCUCGCGGGAAAAUCUGCCCAUCAUCAUAUUCGCCAACUGGAGAGGAUUCAGUGGCGGACAGAAAGACAUGUACGAACAGAUCCUGAAGUUCGGCGCGGAGAUCGUUUGUGCACUGCGGCGCGCUACGGCGCCGGUGCUGGUGUACAUCCCGCCCGGCGCCGAGCUGCGCGGCGGUGCAUGGGCCGUCGUCGACCCUAGCGUCAACUCUCUACGCAUGGAGAUGUACGCCGACAACGACGCCAGAGGAGGAGUCCUCGAAGCGGAGGGCAUCGUGGAGGUGAAGUACAAGCAGAAGGACAUCCUCAAGACCAUGUACCGGCUCGACCCUGAACUGCUCAGGCUCAGCGCCAGAGCCUCCGAAAUCAGGGAGCAAAUAAAGGACAUCUCGAAGAACCUCGACCGUCGCGGCUCCAUCGACGAUGUGCUCAUAAAGACUGAAGCUGGCAAGCAAGCCGAGACUCGUGUCCGCGAGUUGGACGCGGAACUAACCGCUGCCGAAAAAACCAUGAAAGCGCGGGAGAAGGAACUUGCACCCAUUUACCACGAGAUCGCAGUCCAGUUUGCCGAAUUACACGACACCGCUGAAAGGAUGCUGGAAAAAGGCUGUAUAUUUGAUAUAAUCCCCUGGCGGGAUUCGCGGCGCCUGCUGUACUGGCGCCUCAAGCGUCUGUUGCGGCAGAACGCGCAGGAGCUGAGGGUGCAAGCCGCCACCGCCACGGGGCCGGAGCAGAUGGACCAGCGAGCCGCCGCCGCCACGCUGCGGCGCUGGUUCACGGAGGACAAAGGGGAGACGCAGUCCCACCAGUGGGAGCACGACAACGAAGCGGUCUGCAAGUGGCUGGAAGCUCAGGCGGCGGACAACGACUCCGUGCUGGAGAGGAACCUGCGAGCUAUCAAGCAAGACGCCGUGCUGCAAGCCGUCAACCACUUGGUUAUGGAACUAACGCCUUCUCAACGCGCCGAAUUCGUCAGGAAACUCACUGCCUUAGAAAUGGAACCAGAUUUUAAUAAUUAGUGAUAAAAAAUAAAUUAUUAAUAGAAUUUUUAUUACGGAAGUGUUAUACUCUAUCCGCGGAAAGAUGAUAGUAUAGCGCUCUCUCCGUUAUGUAAUCACAUACAAAUGAUAGAGACAAAAAUUACAAACAUGUCUUCAAAAAACAUUCCAAAUUCAAUUUGAAAAUGUUUUGAAAUUCAAUUAGAAAACAUAGUUAGAGAUUGUGAUUGGUUGGUGUCACAAAGUGGUUGGUGUCCACUGAAAUUUUUGUCUCUAUCAUUUGUAUGGUAUUACGUAAGAGAGAGAGCGUUAUACUAACUUCUUUCCACGGAUAGAGUAUAAUAAUGAAAAUGAAUAUCGUUCGUUGUUGAAUAGUGUUCAGAGCCGUUUUUAAUUUGCGGACAUUUUUUACUGUGACUUAUUUUUUUUAAACCCCCUUUUUUAGAAUUUCAAAUUCACGCCUAAGGGUGCGUUUCCACUUAUUAACGACGUUUGAAGAUGACGUGAUAAAAUUUGAACUUCAUUUAACAGUAACGUUUGAUCAGGCUCAAGCCACUGCACCGCUUUAGUGGAAACGCAUCCUUAUCCAUGGUUUGCGGAGAUCAACUUAUGGUUAAGACUAAAAGUCAUGUCAUAAAUCUGUGGUCAGAACUCAAAGCCACACCGUGAAACAUUUUAUUAUCUUUGGUGAAAAGAUAUGGAAUUAAUAGGCGAGCCGCUUGUUUCAUCUCAAAAAACCGUGGCAGGGGGCGAGUUACCGAUAUUUUUAAAAAGUAACGAUAAAAAUAACUAUAAUAUAUCCAUUAAUACCGGUAAAUGUAAUGAUACAUUUUACCGGUAAUUAUACACCUAUCUCUCUGUAACGAUGCCGUGUACAAAGUAACAUCUUCAGUCUACGUGCUCCUAUCGUUGAGUAACGAUAAAAAUAUAACGUUAAAUCAUAUCAUUUGUAUAAUGCCACCGUUAACGUUACCACUUUUAUUUAACAUAGUUGUAACGUUAAAAUUUAGUAACGGUAACCGUCCCUGGCCUCGGGUUACUAAUAUUUUUAAUACAAUGCAAUAUUAGUUCUUAUGUUAGUUUGUAAUAGGGUCUAUUUUGAGAAAAUACUCUAGUUAGACGAAUGUACGGUAGUCAUAUGCGAUGUGAUCAUGACAAAAUAGGUUUGAUAAGUAGAAAAUAUCCUGAAACGCUGCCUAUUUUUAUGUGAAAGUUACAUCAAAUAUAGGUCCGUCCUAUUUAAUUGUAAAAAAAAAAAAUGGUUGAUUUAUUUAUUUACACGAAAAUUUUAUUUAUAAUAUUAAUUAAUAUUGCUGAAUAUCACAAAUUAUUAAUAAAUAUUUUGUAAUUAUAUGCAGAAAAAAAUAAUAUAAUAUUAUUACUAUACGAAGUCCCUCCGAAUUUGUCAGUCUAUGCGCACUAAUCUCAGAAACUACUGUAGGGAUUUUCAUGCGGUUUUCGUCAAAGUGUAGAUUCUGCGAGUGUUCAGAUGUAUAAUUUAUAAAGUCUUGCUGUAAAUAAUUGGCCGAGAUAUGGUGAUAAUUUUCAAAUAAGACGGCAAAAAUUGCGCUACGUGAGAACUUUAUUGGCGAAUACUAUAAAAAUCGUUACAUUUAUAAUUAUAAAAAUAAUGUACUGUGAAAUUUUUGCUCUCAAAUAGUUUAAAAAAAGUUCACGACGAUAUGUUUAGUAACGAUAAGUUUAGUAGCAGAAAUCAAAAAAUGAAAAAGUGCGAAUUCGACUCGUAUACCGAAGGUUCCGUACCUUGAAUGAAAUAUAUUGAAACUUUGUAAAAUAUAUUUUUAUGUGAUACUACAAAUUAAAGCUUACAUGACCACGCGUUCCUUAGAAAGAGUCUUCAACUCUUGAGAGACUCGCAGACAGACAUACUGACAACGAAGUGACCCUAUAAGGGUUCCUUUUUAUCUUUUGAGGUAUGGACCACUAUAAUUACAACCAAAAAUUCAAUCUGUGGAUACUUUGUGCUACCCGUGCAAAGCCGGGUGGGUCUAAAUAACUAGAUAUUUAAGGAUUUUCUUAUUAUGAACUUCGACCAAAGGCGAACACUGGUUUCUUUAGUUUAAUCUACCUAUAAUAAAUCUGGUUCUAAACCAGAAUAAUCUAACGCUAGCUAUACACGAUCAAGUUUACCGAUCAGUGUGCAGCUGACUUGAAGCGGUAUCCAGUAACCUACCUAAUAUAUAUCCAGUAAGUACCUUACAGGGACGGACCUUGAGUUGGACCCUGGGCUAAUACUGUUUGGGGGCCUGCCUAAUUGACAUUUAAAGUACUAGGUAUAGGUGCACGGUAUAGGAAAAAAAAUUAAAGCAACCUUUUUGCAUUUUUGUGUUGCAAAUUCUUUUAUUUGCUCAUUAUUUGUUAAAUCACAAUUUAUGGAAGGAACUGAUAAAAGGGCCGAUUUUUUAAUUGUCAAAUACCUAACUUUCUGAGGAUAAAUUUGAGGGUUUAACAGUUUUUUUAUAGGAAAUCUGUCACUACGUCAAACUUGUUCCACUGAUAAAAGUUAUUGGACGGUUGAAAAAUAGAUCUUUCGUCAAUAUAGUUUGAGUUGUCCAACCUUAUGGUAUUUUUUAAAAUUUACAAUAUAUUCCGUUUUGUCUUAAAUCAGAGCUGGGGGCCCGUUAUGUCCACGAGGUACAAAUAGCCUUUAUAUAGAUCCGACCCUUACUAUCAGUUGACUGGACGCCGGGCUUCAAUUCCGCCGUAAACUUGAUCGUGUGUGGCCAUUGUAAUAGAAAUUGUAUAAUUAAAGGAUAAAUUGAUUAUUUUUAUUUAUUACGUGUUAUUUUAAUUAUUAUGAUAUUUUAUAUAAUGGGGUUUUUAUAUCUAUAACUAAUGUGUAAGAUUCUGUGUGUAGAAGAUUGAAAUCCGGUUCUUCUGUUAAUGGUUCUGCUCAGUUGAAACAGUUUUAAUCACUUAAAAAUAUACAUUUGAUGCUGUAUUUCUUUUAAUUAAUAUAGGAACCGGGAAUGACUUGUAUGAGUGUUCCGAAUUUAUUUCUAUGAAGAAAAAUGAAAAAAUAAAUAUAAUUAUGUAUAGAAUGUAUGUUUUUUCAGCUUGUUUGGGAAAUGGGUAGUAUACAUAUCACAUUACGAAGUAAAUUAUUGCAAAACAAUUUGAUUCAUAUUAAGACAAUACAUAAUUUUAUGCCCAUUAGAUCUUUUGUAAGUACAAUAUAUUGGGAAAUAGUGCCCUUAAUCGCUUAAAAAUUGCAUUUUUGUAGAAUGCAUUUUGUGACGUCAAUUUUGACACACUUUCAUGCAAUAACUGUUAAUUUCGACAUCCUUUCAUGCAAAAAGUAUCAAACUUACGCCCUUUCAUGCAAGAACUGUCAAUUUUGACACAUUGUCGUGCCAGAACUGUCAAUUUCGACACCCUCAUGCAAAAAGUGUCAAUAUUUACACUUUUUCAUGCAAGACCUGUCAAUAUAUUACACUCAUUCAUGAAAGAACUGUCAUUUUUGACGUCACCCCCUGAGCGCGUAACCUCAGUUUCGCAACCUGCAUAACGUACAAACGUAUAUCACGCUACAUUCCUUUCCUAUUUGUAUUUAUAUUCUUUUUUAAUUGAUAAUAAUUUAAUCUAUGGUUUUGAACGAACUAUUAUUAUAUACCUAAGUAACUCAAAAUUUCUAGAUUGUUAUAUUGAUUUUUAUUUUUUAGUUGAAUUUUAUCGAAAAUUAUUAUUUUGUGCUAAAACAUACACUAACGGAGAGAAUUUAAUAUAACUCUCCCUGUUACGUAAUCCCAUACAAAUGACUAAGACAAAAAAAGUCCGUGUUCGACCGACCAAUCACAAACGCUGAGUAGUACGGAAAACAUAGGUUCAUUUGUGAUUGGUUCUCAGAGUAGUACGAAAAAAUAGACUCGUUUGUGAUUGGUUGGUCACACAAAAUGGUUAACGCCCAAAGACUUUUUUGUCUUUGUAUGAGUGUAUGGGAUUAUGUAAUAGAGAGAGAGAGUCCUAUAUUAACUUAUCUCCGUGGAUAGAGUAAAAUGAUUUACUUUCACUUUACUGUAUGUUUUGGACCACUAGUCGUUCAGUAGCGGAUUGGUUGCUCAACCAGUUGUUACUUUUGUAUAGAGCUAGAGAGGGUUCGGUUUUAGUACUCAUUGUUUGUAAAAAAUAAAUGAACAAAUAAAUAUUUAAUAAUUUUA